AGAUAUGACACCGAACAACACAUGGACCCUCUUAAUGCACCAGCUCCGAAACAUCAAAGCAAUCAAAUAAAAUAUUGGUAUCACUAUGUUACUCAUACGUUGUUUGGAGAAAGCCAUGCUUAUUAUUGUGCUGUGGAGUCUUUGCAGUUUUUUAUUUCUGGAAGGACUGCCAAUUAGCAAGAGGUCAAUCAGUGAAGUUCAGCUGAUGCACAAUGUUCGGGAGCACAAGGAGAUGUUAGACAGACAGGACUGGCUUCAGCUGAAGCUGAACAAUAUCAUCAUACCCUCGGUAAACGAUUCACAAAAGGAGCGAAAAGGGAAAACCAACGGCCCAUCCGUCAAACGUUUAAGAAAGGGGGAAGGUGCAACCUGGAGCUUUUACUGAUAUUGUCAAAACCAAGUGUUUUUUGAAAAGCUAAUGAACUAACGUCAGGGCAGGAGGGAGGACACAGUAAGUGUCAAUUAAAAUAUACUCUUGUACUUGGA